AUGACCGUUACUGUUAAUUUUACACAACAAUGCACAUUUGCUGUUAGGUACUACUCUAGCGGAUUUAAAGUACAUGUACCAAGAGAAAAGAUAGAGCUGUCAUUUGCGAGGUCGAGUGGAGCAGGAGGUCAAAAUGUAAACAAGGUUGAAACAAAGGUAGAAGCAAGAUUUAAUAUUUAUCGUGCUGAUUGGUUAACUGAUCAUUGUAAAGAAACUCUAAGAAAAGAAUAUGCAAAGAAUUUAAAUAGUUCUGGUGAUUUUGUGAUUACAUCAAUGAAACAUAGAGAACAAAGAUUAAACAUUAAAGAUGUAUUUGAAAAAUUAGAGAGAUUGUUGACAGAUGCUUCCAUCAUACCAAAGGAGCGUCUGCCUACAGAUGCUCCACUCUAUGCAAACGAAAAACGGUUAGAAGAGAAAAAGAAACGUUCAGAUGUUAAAGCAAGUAGAUCAAAUCGUGGUAGAGGUGGAUGGGAAUAUGGACAUUCAAUUCUUGCCCAACUUGGAUCUAAUAUCUCUUACUCUCCAUCAUCAUCACAAUAUUUAGAACAAGAUUCAUAUUCAUCAACCCAAGGAUUAUCAUCAUAUACUGGUUUCAAACCCAAAAAUGAUUCAAAUCAAAAUAAUGGUAAUGGAAAUGGAAAUGGUGGAUGGAAAUAA